CGACACAGGCGGGAACUGAAUCAAGUUCAUGGCGGCAGUAGCUGAAGAAGAGACAGUGAAGAAGGAGGAGGAAUCGUUUGUUACGGUAAAUCAAGAGGAGGAUGAGUAUGAUUCCAAGGACAGGGUGCUGCAGAAGUACUUCCUUCAAGAAUGGAACCUAGUCAAGUCCAUUCUCGACGACAUUGUUUCAAAUGGCCGAGUCUCUGACCCUUCUUCAGUUCACAAAAUCCGAUCCAUUUUGGAUAAGUAUCAGGAGCAGGGUCAGCUUCUAGAACCUUACCUGGAAAGCAUUGUUUCCCCAUUGAUGUACAUUGUUCGUUCUAGAACAAUUGAACUUGGUGUAGAUUCAGAUGAAAUUCUUGAAAUAACCAAGCCAAUAUGCAUCAUUAUCUAUUCAUUAGUUACAGUUUGUGGAUACAAGAGUGUGAUCAAGUUUUUCCCUCAUCAAGUUUCUGAUCUAGAACUCGCCGUAGCUCUGUUGGAGAAGUGUCAUCACACGAGUUCAGCAACAUCAUUGAGGCAGGAAAGCACAGGAGAGAUGGAAGCUAAAUGUGUGAUGCUGUUGUGGCUUUAUAUACUUGUAUUAGUUCCUUUUGACAUCUCCACUGUGGACACCAGUAUUGCCAACAAUACCAAGCUCAACGAUCUUGAGCUCGCCCCUCUUGUGUUGAGAAUUUUAGGGUUUUGUAAGGAUUACCUCUCAACUGCGGGGCCUAUGCGCACUAUGGCUGGACUAGUGCUCUCUAGGCUUCUAACACGUCCAGAUAUGACCAAGGCUUUUACCAGGUUUGUUGAGUGGACACAUGAAGUGUUGUCUUCUGUCACGGAGGAUGUCUUUCAUCACUUCCAAUUACUUGGUGCUGUUGAAUCACUGGCCACCAUUUUUAAGGCUGGUAGUCGUAAACUCUUGCUUGAUGUAAUUCCUGUUGUUUGGAAUGACACUUCGACACUAUACAAGUCCUCAACUGCAGCACGAAGUCCUUUGCUUCGCAAGUAUCUGAUGAAGCUAACUCAGCGAAUUGGGCUUACUGCCCUUCCUCAUCGUUUGCCUUCAUGGCGUUAUGUGGGAAGAAGCACCUCUAUAAAUGUUGCUUUGAAUAAAACCGGUCAAAUUGAUCAGGGCAAUUAUGUUGUGAAUGAUGGCUCCUCUAACAUAACCCAAGCUAUAGAUGUGGCACAAGAUGAAGAAGACAUGGAUGUUCCAGAAAUUGUUGAGGAGAUCAUUGAGAUGUUGCUAUCUGGUUUGAGGGAUAUGGAUACUGUUGUCCGUUGGUCUGCAGCAAAAGGCAUAGGUCGCAUAACUUCACGGUUGACAUCUUCUCUUGCUGAGGAGGUUUUAUCAUCUGUUUCUGAGUUGUUUUCACCUGGUGAGGGUGAUGGUUCAUGGCAUGGAGGUUGUCUAGCUUUGGCUGAACUUGCUCGUAGAGGCCUCCUCUUGCCUGCUUGUCUUUCCAAAGUUGUUCCUUUCAUUGUGAAGGCCCUACAUUAUGAUGUUCGUAGGGGUCCACAUAGUGUUGGAUCUCAUGUACGUGAUGCUGCUGCGUAUGUGUGUUGGGCAUUUGGACGGGCAUAUUAUCAUGAGGAAAUGAAAAAUAUCUUAGAACAACUUGCCCCCCACCUCCUAACAGUGGCAUGCUAUGACCGUGAGGUUAACUGCAGAAGAGCAGCAGCAGCUGCUUUUCAGGAGAAUGUUGGAAGACAAGGGAAUUAUCCGCAUGGCAUUGACAUAGUUAAUACUGCAGAUUAUUUUUCACUUGCUUCCCGAGUAAACUCUUAUCUUGAUGUUGCUGUCUUCAUUGCUAAGUUCGAAGGAUAUCUUUUCCCAUUCGUGGAUGACCUACUUGAUAGAAAAAUCUGUCACUGGGAUAAAGGAUUGCGAGAACUUGCCGCGGAGGCCCUUUCCUCUCUCGUAAAAUAUGAUCCUGAGUAUUUCGCAAAUGUGGUCAUGGAAAAGUUAAUUCCUUGCACUCUUUCAUCUGAUCUGUGCAUGCGCCAUGGUGCAACAUUAGCAACCGGUGAAGUUGUUUUAGCACUACAUAAAUGCAAUUACACUCUUUCCUCAGAUAAGCAGAAAACCCUUGCUGGUGUAGUUCCAUCGAUUGAGAAAGCACGACUUUAUCGAGGAAAAGGAGGGGAGAUAAUGCGGGCAGCUGUUUCUCGGUUCAUUGAAUGCAUCUCUGUAUUUAACAUAACAUUAACAGAAAAGAUAAAAAAAAGCUUGCUUGACACCCUGAAUGAGAACUUGAGACAUCCUAACUCUCAGAUACAGAAUGCUGCUGUUAAGGCCCUGAAAUACUUUGUCCAAGCAUAUCUGCUUGUUGAUGAUAAAGUCAUGGGUGAUGUUAUAUCAAAGUACCUCAAUAUGUUGAAUGAUCCAAAUGUUGCUGCAAGAAGAGGAUCUGCUCUGGCAAUAGGUGUUUUGCCAUUCAAAUUUUUAGCCAGUAGGUGGAGAAAUGUGCUUUUGAAGCUCUGUAGCUGCUGUACGAUUGAGGAAAAACCUGAAGAUAGGGAUGCUGAAGCACGUGUAAAUGCUGUUAAAGGGCUUGUAGCUGUAUGUGAAACAUUAAUUAAGGGAAGAACAGAUUCUGUUACCUCUCUCAUGGAGGAGGGGGACUUCUCUCUGUUUCUUUUGAUAAAGAAUGAAGUGAUGAUGACUUUGUUUAAAGCUCUAGAUGACUAUUCUGUUGACAACAGAGGUGAUGUGGGCUCUUGGGUUCGUGAGGCUGCAUUAGAUGGACUUGAGAAAUGUACAUACAUGCUCUGUAAGAGAGACUUGCAGCAGUUAACUAAUGACAUUGUCAAGAACAAUCAAUAUUUUCCAUUGUUUGAUGAAAACCUUGCUACCUGUUUGAUUGGAGGAAUUGUUAAGCAAGCUGUGGAGAAGAUGGAUAAGCUAAGAGAAGCAGCUGCAAAUGUUCUUUACAGAAUUUUGUACAACCAGAUGGUUUAUAUUCCUCAUAUUCCUUUUAGGGAUAAGCUUGAAGAAAUUGUUCCUAAAGAAGCAGAUGCGAAAUGGAUGGUCCCCACCUACUCAUAUCCGCGCUUUGUACAGUUGCUUCAAGUUGGUUGUUAUAGUAGACAUUUGCUAUCAGGUUUAGUUAUAUCAAUAGGUGGGUUACAAGAUUCUUUGAAGAGGGUGUCACUCUCCGCACUGUUAGAUUAUCUACAAGGGUCAAUAACCAGGGAGUGCAUGUUUUCUGGUGACAUUCUGUGGAUUCUUCAACAAUACAAGAAACAUGACAGGGUUAUAAUACCCACUCUGAAGACCAUUGAGAUCCUGUUCAGCAAAAAGAUAUUCCUUAAUUUGGAGGCUUACAUGACAACUUUUUGUGCUGGCGUUUUGGAUUCGUUAGCAGUUGAAUUAAAGGGAUCAAAGGAUUUCUCUAAGUUAUAUGCUGGUAUUGCAUUACUUGGUUAUGUGGCUUCAGUGCCAGACCCGAUCAAUACUCGGGCGUUUUCUCAUCUUCUGACCUUUCUUGGUCAUCGGUUUCCCAAGGCAGAUUCGAAAGCUUCAGCGGAACAAGUUUACCUUGUCCUCCUACAAAAUGAGAGUCUUGUGGGAGAAGACAAGAUAGAGAAAGCUCUUGAAGUUGUUUCUGAGACUUGCUGGGACGGUGACAUGGAUACUGCAAAACAUAAAAGAAUAGAGUUGUGUGACUUCUUAGGUUUGGAUGUGGGGCCAGUAAGCAAGAGUAGUGGUGAUGGAGCAUCGAGUAAAAGCAGCCAAAAGAAGCAGGUAGAUUUGGAUGAAAAUGCUUCGUAUUCUUCCUUGGUUGAUUCAUCUGGCUUCUGAUUUUUGUGAUAUAUACCACCAAGUGUGUUUUUGUGUGUACAUUGUUGCUUGCUAGGGUUUGAUCAUUAGUAUUUACAGUUGACAAAUGCCAACAAUUUUGUUUCCUUCUCUGUUUGUUGUGUAAACCCGUCAUGACCUUCAAGAGUAGCUAUAUUUUCAUUGGAUCAAAAUAGUUUUUAACUUCUCAUGAAUUUACUUUGAAAAAGCAGAGUUAAACUCUA